AUGGAAGAGGGAGAGAAUAAAAAUUGUUGUAAUAAAAAUAAAAAACCUUUACAAAAAAAUGUUUUGCCCCUUUUGGGAAAUGGAAGGUUUGAUGUUGGUUGUGCUGAUAUUAUGAUUUUGAAUGGAGAGGAGUGUUGUUGUUCAUCUAAUAAUGAUAAAGAAAAGUGUGAAGGAAUUUUUGCUCGAAUUUAUUACCCUAGUGAAGCUUUAAGUCCAGAUAAAUACACAAUAGAAAGGUUAAAUGAAUUUAUGCAAUGGAAGCCUGAUGAGAAGGUUAUUGAGGGAUUGGCUGCUUAUAAAGGGAUGAGUUCUUGGAAAUUAAAUUUAAUUUUGGAUUGGAUACUUGGCGAUAAAAGAAUCCCAGCCCGUUGGCAAGUCCCUCUUGCUAAAUCUGAGGAACAAUUUCCCGUUGUUGUAUUCUCUCAUGGAAUUAGUGGAACUAGACAACUUUACUCAAUUAAUUGUUCUUCUUUGUCCAGUCAUGGUUAUGUUGUUGCUGCUUUGGAUCACAGAGAUGGCUCUUCUUGUUAUACCUAUGAAUUGAAUAAAGACCCGUCAACUGGUGAAUUAAUUCAAAAACAUAUUGAAAUGAAAAAACUUCCACACGAAGAGCAAGAAUACGAGAGUAGAAUAGCUCAGGUACAACAACGUACAUUGGAAACAAUUAACAUGUUAAAAUUAUUUAAAAAAUUAAAUGAGGGAUUGCGUAAUUCAAAUGUAGAAAUUGUUUGUGGAAAUGAAUUUGAUUGGGAACAAUUUAAGGGAAGAUUAAAUUUGGAUAAAGCAAUUUCAAUUGGGCAUAGCUUUGGAGGAGCUUCAGCUUUGACUUCUUGUGCUGUUGAAAAGGGUUUUAAAUGUUGUGUUGUUAUGGAUGCUUGGCUAUAUCCUUUUGACUGUAAAUAUUACGAAGAAAUUACCCAACCAGUUUUAAUGUUAAAUGCGAGUAAAUGGCAAUGGCCUAUGAAUUUGAAGAUUGUUGUAUUUACAACAACAAAAUGGAGGGGAAGGGAAAUCAAUGUAUACAUUGACUGA